AUGGAAUUUUCGGAGGUGAAAGAUUCGAAAAAGGUCAGUUGCUGUUCGAGGGCAAGCGACCCCACAGAAAACAUAUGCGAGUGCGAAGACGAGCUCGACAUUUUCGAGAGGUUUGUGCAGGACCCUUGCAUGAAUGCAUGGGAAGACCUAGACGAAGAAGGCCGCCCAUCGCAGUGGGAAGAUGACGAACUCGACCCCGUUUGUGAGGGCGUCGAAGGCUUCGCGCGUAAGCAAGUCAGAACUUCGAAACCUUGCAUAUGUUCGAACUGCCACCAUCCGAGGCGGUGGAAAACUUCCAGCACAGCACAAGACUUUGAUGAGCCUGUGCUCCGUUGCUCGCGUACCAACAGUUUCAUGUCACAGCUAUCGCGCCAAGCAUCGCGCCAGUCGCUGCCUGACCCGGGCGAGGGUACUUGCGGCUCCCCCACGCACCCCGGAUACUCGCAGCCGUCUCUCGAGAUCGGGCCUUCUCGUUCCAACUCUGUAUCCCGCACCCGUUCACGCUCUUCGUUCGGAGCUUCUUCGGCAAUCCCUGCCCAUAUCUACUGUCUCGAACGGUUUGUCAGUUCAGAACUGGACUCCGCCGCCGAGAACUUCUGCAGAAAGGACCCUUUGACACUAAACACAGUUUCGCCCACAACAUCCACCAUCUGCUCUCCAAGUGGCUCCGAUUCAGCCACUUCCCCACAGAUGGCCGGCGUGCUGUCGAGUUCAUCAUCCACCAACAGCGCUAAAAACAAUGCUGAUAUCCAACCUGUUUUUUUAAGUAAGAGGAAAUCGAGGGUAUCAUCCAUAGAGGUCUCGCUACUGAAUUCGUUUUCUUGA